AUGACUCGGCUGCGACGGAAGGCUCUGGUGGCGCUCUUCCUCUUCACCCUCUUCAUCUUCGGCACCAUGAUGGGACUGCGAACGCUCAAGCCCAGCGACGGCUUCUCCGACAUGGCCCCGGGGCUGGACUUCACCGGGAGCGAGCGGAGGAGAGGGGAGAGCAGAGACCUCACCAACCCGUCUCCGCAGACUCAGACGGGGCGCGGCGACACCAAAGUGGUCUUCACCAGGUCGGACCGCGAGUACAGCAUCUUCUACGACGUCCACAUCUUCUACUACCUGUGGUACGGGGCGCCCAGCCUGGACCAGAAGUACAUCCACUGGGAUCAUGUUCUGGUGCCACACUGGGACCCCAAGAUCGCAGCCAGUCACCCCCAGGGGAACCACCAGCCUCCAGAGGACAUCGCGGCCAGCUUCUACCCGGAGCUAGGGCCCUACAGUUCCAGGGACCCCACUGUGCUGGACAACCACAUGUCUCAGAUCGAGGAGGCUGCAGCAGGGGUGCUGGUCCUGUCCUGGUACCCCCCCGGAGUGGCCGAUGACCACGGAGAACCCACCGAAGACCUGGUCCCUGCGGUCCUGGACGCUGCCCACAAACACAGCAUCAAGGUGGCCUUCCACAUCCAGCCGUACAAGGGCCGGACGGAGCAGAGCAUGCAUGAAAACAUCCGGUACAUCAUCGACAGAUACGGCACUCACGGGGCCUUCUACCGCCUGCGCUCCAGCACGGGCCAGGUCCUGCCUCUCUUCUACAUCUACGACUCGUAUCUGACCCCCUCGGACUCGUGGGCCGAGCUGCUGACGCCCAAAGGCUCGCGCAGCCUCCGGGGCACGGCCUACGACGCGCUCUUCGUGGCGCUCGUUGUGGAGGAGCGCCACACCAGCGACAUCCUGGCCAGCGGCUUCGACGGCAUGUACACCUACUUCGCCUCCAACGGCUUCUCCUUCGGCUCCUCGCACCAGAACUGGAAGGCAGUCAAGGCGUUCUGCGACUCCAAUAACCUCAUGUUUAUCCCCAGCGUGGGGCCGGGGUACGUGGACACGGCGGUGCGGCCUUGGAAUAAUCACAACACGCGGAACAGGGUGAACGGGAGGUACUACGAGACGUCCCUGCAGGCGGCGCUGGCGGUGAGGCCGGAGAUUGUGACUAUUACGUCGUUUAACCAGUGGCACGAGGGCACGCAGAUAGAGAGGGCGGUCCCCAAGAAGACCGCCACCCGUUUGUACUUAGACUAUCUGCCCAAUCAGCCGGAGCACUACCUGGAGCUGACGCGCCAAUGGGCCGAGAGCUUCAACAAAGAGAAGGACAAGUGGUUACUCUGA